CUUCCGUGUUUGAUCAGACAAUGCUGCCGAGGAUGCAAUGUCAUCUUUCUUUCUAUAUAUGAACAAAAUAUGUUACAAACUGCGUAAAUUUUAACAGUUGUUGCAUAUAUUCUUAUAUCUGUUUGUACAAGAGGAAGAGUAGAUGGAUAAUGAAAACGUCGGUAAACUACAUAAUAUAUACUAUGUGGUACUAACAACAACUUGCACGCCAGAAGCAAGAUUUUAAUCCGAAAAGUGGACACAAUUGCUACAGUUUUAAAUUCAUUUCCUCGACAGUUCAUCACUUCUUUACCUUCUUAGCAAAAUGGAGACAGCAUCAAAAUGUUAGAAAACUACUUAGACUAAAAUCUUAAUCCAAAUGUAUUCUAGAAAUGGAUAAAAAGGGAAAUUGUGAACUGCCAGGGGAAGUCAUCGAAGGAGGGGCCAUACAUGACUUCGAGGAACCGGAGGAACCACUUCCCGCUGUUCCACCUCGCAUGCGAGGGCAUGGACAUCCAAACGAUUUGCUUCAUAUAAAUAAGGCAAAGAAAGAAAAUAAGCAUGUGCUAAAGACAAUUCAAAAGAAAGCAAGACAUGGAAUUGAUAAAAUGCAUGCGCAGAUAUCAUUAGGAACCAGAACAAAAGAAGAGCACGCAACUAAUGCAGAUAAAAAGAAAUACAGGAAAGCCGUGAUGCGUUCGAAGAGUAAUCCGGAACGUGGUAAUUGGGAUGAUGGUGAAUGCAAGAAAGAUGUUGAAGACUCCAACAACCAGCAGCAAGAAUACGAAACAGGGGCGUUAUCUAAAGCCUUUGAAAUGAAUAAAGACAGACCUUUACCUGCGUUGCCACCUAAAACCAACAUCACUGAUGACGAUAAACUAUAUGACCAAGUAGAAGAUGAUGAAGACAUUGUUCGUAGAAUGAUAAAAGUAUUUGAGAAAAAGAAUCCACAUUCGAUACCGGGUACAGGUGUGUCAGAUCGAAACAGAAUGGGUAGAGAAAGUCAGCCUAAAGAAGAUUUCUAUUCUUACUCGGUAGAGGAGCUGGUGGAGUGUUUCAAGAUAUGCAAUUUGGAUAGGUUUGCUGAAAAAUGUGAUGCAAACAAACUCGAUGGGGCCUUUUUCAGGCAGCUUGAUCUAAAUCUAUUAAAACUGGAACCUUUUUAUCUCAAUACCUUUGAACAGUUCAAGGUUCGAGAGAUUAUAGAAGGUUGGAGGCCGAAAUCAGGAAAAAGUCAAUCAUCAUAAAUGAUCCAUUUAAUAAUUGAAGUCCUCAAAGAUAUGCCAGUGGAAUUUAAGAUGCAAUAAAAUUUAAGCGAUUUAAAAACAUAUUAUUCAUUUCUUAUCAUGAGAGCCGUAUUAAAGGCCAUGUAAUACUCGACAAAAGUCGCAAAAAUGAUCAUUUCAGUUAUGUGUGAAGUCUAAGUUUAAUACAUUGUCUUUCUGUCAAAAGCUGUUUAUUAUAGGACUAAAUGGUGUAUACUGGUUUAAAUGAAGCAAAGGUAGCUUGGAUAUUUUACAAUUGUUUAUAUUUGGUAUUAAUUAAGAAAUUACACGCGCUAACACAUUUG